AUGUCCGCUCCCGGCGCCGAGUGGAUUAGCGACAGGUCUCGCGAGGAAUCCCCAGAAGGUCACGAUGGCUUGUCGCAGCGACGCACGAGCAAGAAGCGCAAAGUGUUGUCGUGCUACGCUUGUCGCAACCGCAAGAUGAAGUGUGAUCGCGUCUUCCCAGUAUGUGGCCGAUGUCAGAAAAACGACAGAGGUCACGAGUGUACAUAUGACCCCCGGCUACUUCAAGAGUCCCACCGUGACAGGGGCGCUGCGUCUCUUGCGCUUACAGAGCUGCCAGUCGAGAGCGAGCCCUCCUCGGACGCAUCGAAUGCAUUACAACGAAAACUCAAAACACAAGAGAGACGAAUUGCCAUUCUGGAACAGAAACUCAUCAAUCGAAAUGGCGGUGGUAAUCCCCCGCAAUAUGGGGAGUUUGUGCCCCAUGAACCCAAGAUCACAGAGGAAAUCAUGUUCAGAGGAAAGGGUUUCAGAUCCCAGUUCAACGGCGCAACGAGUAUCAUGAGCAUGAUCUCCACGUAUCACGAGCUACAAGCUUUUACGCGAGAGGCUUUGACCGUCGAUCACUCCAUCAUGCGUGUCAAAACCGACUUCAAAGCCUUUCGCGAUCAGAGGAAGAAGUCUGCGAAGAGGCAGGCCACUAGAUGCUCUGACAUCGACUCUGAAAUACUCGCUAUCCUUCCGGAGAAGAGCAUAGUUGAUACGCAGGCGGCUCUCUACUUCCAAACGUGGGAAACAAGUUAUAGAAUCCUGCACGGGCCGUCGUUCUGGGAGGAUUAUCGAGGUUACUGGGAAUCAUAUCGGGACGGAAAGGGACCGGUGAGCUUCGCCGUCUUGCUCGUCUUGCUCGUCGCAGCCACGAAGUGCCUUAACCCGAAAGAUGAUGUGUUUGUUGGUGACACGACUGCCGACAGGCAAGCGGCUCACGAGCUUAUUAAUUUAUGCGACAGCUGGAUCGCUGAUCAGCCGCGCAAGCGGGUUACUUUAGCUUUGUUCCAGCUACAGUGCCUGUCGUUACUCGCGAAGCGUGUCAAUUGCGUGCGCCUGAAGCAAGACUGGGUCGCAUCGGGUGACCUACUGCGACUCUCCCUUGCAUCUGGUCUACACCGUGAUCCCUCUCUGCUCGGACAUGGUACGAUGACAGCUUUCGAUGAGCAAAUGAGGAAGCGUCUGUGGAUUACCGUCAUGGAGCUGGAGCUCCAGUCGUCCGUUGAGAGUGGCAUUCAAUCUUCGCUCUCCGGACUAUACUGGGACUCGCCUAUCCCUGAUAAUCUUGGCGAUGAAUCCUUUUCGCCAGAUAUGCAGCACAUGCCGGCGUCCGACGAGAACUUCACAUCAGCUUCGUACCUCAUCGCAACUACAAAGUCACUUCCACUCCGUAUCCAUUUGACGCAAGUGUUAAACACCCCUUCCAGUGCUCUCGAUUACGACGACGUGCUGCACUACGAUGCACGGAUCCGCUCUGCAUUGGCCGCACUACCCGUCUGGAACGAUGAUCGCGCACUCGUACCUUCCGCACUCCUCCAGUUGCAGUUGCGACAGUAUCUCUUAUUGGUGCACAAGGCCUACGCCAGACUAGCCUGCACAGACAAUCGCUACUUAUACUCGUUCACAACUUGUGUAGAAACGUGCAGCUCUUUGGUCACCACGCACGAUCGCCUGCUAUCAAGAGGCGUUCUAGCGCUGAACAACUUCCGCAACGACGUCAUCAGAGCUGGUCUGACACUUUCGCAGAUUGUCUACCACAACUGCACUCUUCGAAAAACCAUCACACUCAUUUUGCAGACCUGA